AUGGAUCGUUUUGCCUCCAGUUCGCGCAUCCCUGGGCCGGCUGCCGGCUCGGAGCGAAGCAGCGCCGGAACGAGUGGGUCCGGAAGUAAUUUAACGGCUGGUACGAGUGGAACGAAUGGUAGUGCAGAUGCCAGUAGCGCUAGCGGAAAGCUUAGUCUUAAAAUCAGCACUGCUGCCGCUGAGGGUCUCAGCAGCGGUGCCGCUCUCAACUCGCGGUCGGCAGCAGCUUCCGGUAAGAAUGCUCCUCGAUUUAAGUACAAACGCACACCGUCACCCCGCGCCUUGCGGGACGGCUCCCCCCGAAGCCGCCGCCCCGCUUCCCCUCGACGUGCGUCUCCCAAGGGCCCUCCGCGCACCCUAGGCGCGGCGGAGAAAUGGGCGGCGGCGCUGGCGCAAGAGCGCAUGCAGCAAGGAGCGGUUCCCCAUUCUGUUGAUUCUGGGUUUCUUUCGGAGCCCGAGGGUGGGGGAAUGCGCGCAGCGUUGCGUGCACGGGCGCAUGGGGGAAGCGCUGGCGUUGCAGGCGCAGCCGCAAUCCGCGCAAUGACGGCGCAGCGUUUUGCGACAGAAGCCGCGCAGCUACGCGGAUUGGAGCAGGCGCUGGCGCGAGCGGGCUCCUCUGCAGCGGCCGUUAGCGGGAAUGGCGGAAAAGCGUCGGCUACUGUGGGUGAACAAAAGGCCACGGGUUCAAGUGUCACGACUGCAGCGAAAGGCAACAAUCUGAUGACGCAGCUGCUCCAUUCAAGCACACUCGCUUCUAUCACUGCAACAGGCAUGGGAGGGGCAGGUUCGUCGAAUCAAGCGAACCAGCUUUCUAGGCCUGCGGUAGCUACAGUCUACCACCUCCGCGCGCACCCCGCGGGGGCCUCUGCGCUACAGAUCUCCCCGCUCUUCCUUGCGUACCUCGAAGCUUCCAAGAAGCUUCACGGAUACAGCGUGUUCGAGCUCUCGUGUCAGCUAUCGUCCGUCCACCUCUGGCCGCAACCGGCGGCGCAGUUCAAGGGGGUCGCAAUGCGCCUGCUGCACGCAGGGGGAGCUCCGCAACAGCGCUCCGCCGCGCGGCCGGCGGGGGGAAAAUGCGCGGACUGGGAGGCGCUGCAGCGGAGUCCGCUGUUGCAGUUUUACGUUUUCUGCCGCCAGAUGCUGCUCGAUCUCCUCGCUUCCUCUGCCGCUGCACUCGACGUUUGCCCCCUGGCGCGCGCUGAGGCGGCUGACGUGGCUGGUGGGCCGAAUGCGAAUGCGAAUGCGAAUGCGAGUGCGAAGGCGGCGUUUUCGGGCAUCGCGCUGUCGUUCGCGCGCAAGCUGUCGGACCUGCGCUGCCUCCAAGCCGCCAUGGGCGUCUGUUCUCGCUGCCGAAAAGUCUCCGGUCCUCGCGGCGAUGCUGCGUGCGUUUGCGCAUCUGACGGCGGGAAUGACGGCGUGUCUCCUCCGCAACUCGCGGAGAAGUGGCUGGCGAUCUGCCGUGGACGAGAGGAGCCGGAAGGUCCAGCGAGAAUAGCGGCGGAUGGGGGAGGGGAGAGUAAUGGCACAAGCAGGAAAAGCGCGGGAAGGGCUGCUAUUGGCUCGUGGGAGAGCGAGGGCGCGGAGAUGUUGGAGGUGGUGGCUCGAGUGAUCACAGCCGUCAGAUCUCAUGAAAUCAUCGGCAAGUUCAAAGAGCGCAUGGCGGAGAUCGACGGGGCGGAGAGCGCAGGUAGAGGGGAAAUGGGGAGUGCCCGAUCGGCGGAGGCGCAGGCGGUGAAAGAAGCGGAAGAGCGCGUGGCGGGAGCGCUGGAGCGCGCAUGGGUGGGGGACUGGGAGGAGAGCGAGGGGGGACAGGGGGAGAGCGGAAGAGGAAGCGGAAACCUGGUGCCCGUGAUCGUGCCGUGCCGCGCCCAUACUGCUGCUUCGGCCUCUUCCGCUUCUUCCGCCUCCUCCGCGUCGUCCGCCGCCUCGCUGCAGCUUCAGCUCGUGAUGCUGCCCUUCGUUCUGCCCCUCUCUAAGCGCGAGCAGCGCCAACCGCAGCAGCAGCUCUCUCACACAAACAUCCGCGCCCAGCCAACCAAAAGCGGGCACGUGUUCCCCUCGCAGCCGCGUGACGUGGCGCGCUGGCUCGUGCACAUGGCAUGCGUCGACGCCUCGUUGCGCCACAUGGCAGCUGCUGACGUGGACCGCGUACUCUGGGCGCUGGAGCGGGGCCUCGUCCACGUGACAUGCUCGGUCGCGAACCGCUCAGGCUCGACAACAGCCUCAGCAGCAGGCUCGGCAGGGAGGCUCGGAGAGCGAGAGAGGCUGCUGAGGAUGCAGCAGCAGGUAACGGCUCUGGUAACUCUGGUCCUGGAGCCGCAAAUCCCGGCGUCCUUGGCGCCUGCUGCUGCGGGUGGUGCUACGGGUGGUGGCGGUCGGAAGGCGAUAGAAGUGGCAAGCCUUGAAAGUAGCAAUUCUGUGAGCAAUGCUUCGUCUGCUCAGGCUGCUGCCGAUGCUGUUGCCCCCGUCGCUGCUGCAGACGCCGCUGCCCCUGCUUCUUCCCCUACUGGUCCUCCUGUCGCCGCCGCCGCCGCCGCCGCCUCUGCCGCCACUGCCGCUUGUCGCGGCUCGGACGCUUCCGCCGCCACCGCCGCUGCGGUGGUGCUUGUGCCGGCCGAAAGUGACUGUAAUGGCGGUUCAGAAGCAGCCGGGAAGGAGGAGGAAACACACAGUGACGCGCAAUUUGGCAUGCCGGCGGCGCUGCUGCCGUCCAAGCUCGCUGCCUUCGCUGAUAUCGGGCUGCCGGCUGCCUCUCUUGGUGCCGGCGCGUUUGGUGAUAUUGGCCUCCCCGCCGCCUCCGCUGUUGCGAGUGAGGAGGCGGAGAGUGAGGAGUGGCAUGACGCGGAGGAAGAGGGGGAGCAGGCGGAAGAACAGGGGGGAGAGCAGAGGGGGCUUAAGAUGGGAGAAGCGGAGGGGGAACGGGGGGUGCAGGCGGAAGGGGAAGAGCAGGGGAAGAAUGAGGAAGAGGCGACAGUGGAGAGCAAGAGUGGUAAUGAUGAGGCGCGGUCCAACGCGGUGCAAGGCGAUGCUGGCGCUCAGAAAUCCCUCGUGUGCGUUCCAGAAGAGGAAGACGUUGCAGAAGAGGAGGAGGAGCGAGGAGAGGGAGGCGAGGCGGCGAGAGAGGAGGAGAGAGAGAAGGUGAGAAAAGAGGGAGUGAAGGCGGAAAAGGUGGAGGAGAGAAAGGAUGAGAAGGUGGGAGAGGAGGGGGAGAGGAGGGAGGAAGAGAAGAGGAUUGAAGAGGAGGGAGGGGGCGAGCAAGAAGAGGUGCUUCUGGCGCAACUGGCGGCGCUGAUGCCGGCGGAAGGGACGUGCGACCGAAGCAGCGGGCAGACAGGCGGAGGCGGAGACGCAGGCGGAGCUGCAUCGGUGAGUUGUGCGCAGGCAGGCGGCGGAAAGACUAUGGCCGCGCAGAUAGAGGGGGAGGUUGCGGAGGAGAAGCGGGGAGGGGGGAAGGUGGCGGAAGAUGAAAGCGGAGAGGGGGUAAAGCGCGGAGGGGCGCGCAAGUGGAUGGACGUGGGGGACAUGGUUGCGCUGUGCGAGAGUAUGCUGCAGGGGGAGGGCGGAGUGGGGGAGAAUGGGGAGGGGGAGGGAGAGGCGGAGAACGGGAAGAAGCGGCAGGUUUGCGGUGGUGAGGCGGAAUCAAAGAGAGGUGGUAAGGCUGAUGAAGAGAGCGGCGGAGACAGCGGGAGUGGAAGCGGGGGUUGCAGUAACCAAGGGUCGGAAGGCAGUGUGACUGCCAAGGGGGCGGACUCUCUGCCUGUGCUGCUCGCCUGCGCCUCCCCGCCCAUGUCUCCGCGUGCACGGCCCGCCGUCCAAUCGUCCUCCGCCACGUCAUCACCCGCCUUCCGCGCGCAGCUGCCGUCAGCAGCGCUAGAGUGGCGCGGAAAGACCGCCGCAUCUUCCGCGUAUGCUUCCCCCAAGGCUGCGCCGGCAUCACUCUCCGCGCUCGCAUCACCCAAAGCCGCGCCUGCUGCUUUCACGUCCCCGGCACUGCGCGCUGCUGCCGCCGCCAGUGCCGCCGCCGCCACUGCAGCCGUCGCCCGCAGCAAGGAUGGGCGCGCGGCGGGUGUAGGGGGUGGGGAGGGCAACACUCACAUGCCAUCCUCAUCGUCAGCGGUGCACUCGCCGCUGCUGUCGCGAAUGCAGCAGCGCGUGAAAGGGGAGGGAGCCACGCAGGGCUCCCCGGAUGCCGCCAGGAUGCGCGCCGCGGAACUUCCGCCGCCGCUAGACCUCAGCUGGCCGCAUGACGUCACCACUCCUGCUACUGCUACUGCUGGUGCUUCUGCCGGUGCUGGUGCAUCAGGGAAUGGGGAUGCGGGGUUGAGAACGAGUGGCGGAUGGCAGCGGCAGGGGGAAUCGACGGCGGCGAAGGCGGCGGUGGUGCGCGCGGAGGCGGCUGCGGCGGCGGUGACGGCGCUGGUGGCGCGGAUCGCGCAGGAGCAGGAGCUCAUGCGGCGAUCCGUGGAGAAAGAGGAGGAGCGGGCGCGGGAGAGGGAGGAGGAGAGGGAGAGGGAGAGAGAGAAGGAGAGGGAAGAAGAGAGGGAAGAGAGGGUGCAGGAGAGGAGGAAGGAGGAGGAGAAGGCAAGAAGGAGUGUGAAAUCGAGGGAAGGUGGGAAGGAGACAGGGAGAGCGAAGGGGAGAGAGGGCGCAGGCGGAAGGGUGUUUGGGAAGAAGGCGGGGGCAGGGGGGCAUGGGGCGGGGAUCGGCGGGACUGCUGCAUCGUUUGACUUCUCCCUGGUCUUUGGGGGGAGGGACGGCGGGCGGGGGAAGGGGGAGAAGGGGGAGAGGCGGGAAGCGGAGGCGGAAGGGAAGGGGGAGAGGGAGAAGGGGCAAGUGUCUCGGUCUGUGGAUUGGGCAGAGAUUGGGAGGAUUGAGAGGGGAGAGGUGGUUGUGGGGAGCGAAGGGAGUGAGGGCGUGGAGUGGGAGGAGGCUGGGGAGGGGAGCGAGAGCAUUGGAGUGUUGGUUUUCGAAGAGGGAGGGUCGGCGGAGGAAGUAGAGGCGAAAGGCAAGGGGCAGGAGCAGGAGCAGGAGCAGGAGCAGGAGCAGGAGCAGGAGCAGGAGCAGGAGCAGGAGCAGGAGCAGGAGCAGGAGCAGGAGCAGGAGCAGGAGCAGGAGCAGGAGCAGGAGCAGGAGGAGAAGGAAGCGAGGGAGAGGGAGGAGAGGGAGAAAGAGGAGAGACUCGCAGCGGUGGCAGCGGCUGCAAGAGCAGCUGCUGAGGCGGCAGCAAAGGCUGCCGUUGCAGGCAGCACUGGUGGCAGUGCAGCAGAGCUAAUGGACGGAUGGGUGGAGGAGGAGGAGGAGGGUUCGUCGUGCGAGUCGUGCACACAGUCGUCGUCAAACUCGUCUGAGGACAGAGUGACAAACCUGGCUGCCAGCGUGGCAGUAGCAGCAACACCAGGAGUCAACGCUGCCACUGGCAACAGCAGCAGCACUGGCAAGGCCAAGGCGAAAGAGCAGAAGAGUCAGAAGAGCGAGCAGACUGGCACACCCGGCGCCAAGCCUGAAGGGGUGAAGCUCACCAGGUCCGGUAGCGGCAGCAGGUCCGGCAACCGCAGCAGGUCCGGAAGCAAGGCCACCAGCGGUGGCAGCAGGUCCGGCAGCGGUUCGGCGGGCGUGGCACGGGCUGGUGCUACCAGUGCGAGCAAGAGCAAGAGUAAGAGCAGAGGCACCACUGGCAGCAUCGGCAGCGCUGCCAAAAGCAGCGGUGGGAAGAGUGCCAACAGCAAGGGAAGCAGCGUCAAGAGCAGCAAGACAGCAAAGCCAGCAGGAGGAGCAGGGACGAAGGGACGCACGGCCAGCGCGCCUCUAGCGCCCGUGCUGGACCCUGUCACGCAGAGCCUAGUGGAACCUGUCAUUCAGGCGGUGGUGAUUGAUGGGGGGGAAGAGGGUGAUGUUGCCGCCGCAGCAGCAGCAGCAGCAGGCACAGAAGCGGUAGGAGCAGGGUCAGGAGUGGCAGACGCAGCAGCAGAGCAGUUUGGCAUGCCGGUGGCGCUGCUGCCCGCAGGCAGCACAGAGAAAGCAUCACAGGACGAAGUGAAGGUGGUGCAAGGGGCAAGCCAACAGCAGCAGGGUGAGGUGGAGAAUGCGAGAGCAGAGAAGGAGGUCCCAAAUGGCGUAUCAUUGUCCGCUGCUGGUAAAUCCGUCUCCCUCCCUGUGUUGCGCAACCCUCUUGCAUUCACUGCCACCACUGCUGCCACUGGAGCAGUGGCAGCAGUGGCCGCAGCAGCAGCGACCGCUCCCAAGGUCCGCAAGGGGGCUCUCAAGAAACCAGGGAGUCCCUCCCGCUUUGCUCUGCGUCACAGUGAGCAGAAACCACAGCAGCUGCAGGGCCAGCAGCAGCAGCAGCAGCAGCAGCAGGAGCAGGAGGCAGAGGGGAAGAGGCAGAUCCCACGCGUGUCCUUCGCAGCGGUGGCGCUGCUGCUGGUGCCAGGCGUGGGAGUGGAGCAGGUGGCAGUGCGCAUGCACACCGACGACCACCGCGCCCCCCUCAUCAGCCGCAGCGGUGUGCCCGCCCGCUCCACCUCCCCUGGCAGAGGCUCGCCCUCCCCCAGUAAAACCCACCCUUCCUCCUCUUCUGCCUCCUCCACCUCCUCCUCCCCUUCCCCUGGUAGAGGCUCUGCUUCUGCUGCUUUCUCAGGCUUCUCCCCUUCCCCUGUGUCUGUCAAGAGCGGGAUGAUUUCGCCCAGGGGGGUGAUUUCGGGCAGGGCAGGGGCAGGCAUGGUGUCUCCAGGGAGGAAGAAUGUUGCGUCUCCGGGCAGGGAGCUUUUGUCUCCAGGCAGGAACAGCAGGGGCGGGAGUCGGGAAGCUGGUGGUGGUGGUUGGAGCGACCAUGAGCCAGAGAGCUGCGAUGAAGCAGCCCCCAGGGAGCACAGGGCGCCCACCCCGGCACGGCCCCGCCGCUCCAUCUCCCAGACCUCCCUCUCUUCAGACGCCCCACUCGUGCGCUCCGCCUCUACCCCCGCCCCUGCUGCGGCUGCCUCCUCUGCUGCCGCCUCUGCUGUUCCCACUGCUGCCUCUGCUGCCACCUCACCUGCAGCAGCGUGCACGCCGUGUGUCACCACAGCCUCGUCCAUGCGCCAUCGCAUGAAGGACUAUGACCAGUCGCGCAUCGACCGCCUCAGAGACGGCGUGCCCCUGGCGGCACGUGAUUCCCCGCAGGCUGGCCUGCCCCUUGUGCGCGACUCCUCUCUGCCUCUGCCUCUCGUCCGUGACUCUUCCCUCCCGGCUCGCCUCUCACACCACCAGCCAACCCACCAGCAGCUACAGCAGCAGCAGGAGGGGGCAGGAGGUAACCACCAGAUGCCAGCGCCUAUUCCUGAGGACGAGGAAGUUCUCCCCCUGCGAUCCCGCCGCAGCUCCAAGUCCCCCUCGCACACCUCCUCCCACCUCACAGCACAGGCAGGCGCCACUCCCCGCCACCCCCGCGCCGCUGCUCCCUCUGCCAAGGCCUCCCCGGCCCAGAGCAGCAGCAAGGGAUCCCCUGCUCUCCCCUCCGUUUCAUCUGCCAGACUCUCCUACUCGACCCCGCCGUCACCCGCACGUUUCGGCCUCGUCCCUCCGUCACCGACCCACUCCCUCGUCUCCUCCACGUUCGCUCGAAUCCCCGCCUCUCCUGGCCGGGAUCUGUUUGGGGGAUCAGCUUUCAGCAAGGAGCGAAAGGUGGAUCAUGGCGCAGUAGAGGGCGUGGGAAAGCUGUCAAAGGUGCCUGAGGAUCCGGGAGAGAAGGCAGGAGGGGAGAAGGUGAAGGACUUGAAGCACAAGUGGAGGUUUCCCAGCAUGCUGCUCCGAGUGGGUGGUGGGAAAUCGUGA